CUGUGAUGUUAGCUCCUUCUUCGACCAUCUUGGCUUGGCUUGGGUUCGGUUGAAAUUGAGUCGAGUUUUUAAGUUCAGCAUUGCUUGCAUAAGUUUUUCUUUUAGUCACUUUUGCAUAUAAAUCAUGUCUCGUUAUAGAGAUUCGAAUCCUGAGUGUAAAAUCUAUAUAGGGGAUUUAGGGAGUGCUGCUAAUAAACAAGAUCUAGAAGAUGCAUUUUCUUACUAUGGUCCGAUUAGAAGUGUAUGGAUUGCUCGCAAUCCACCAGGAUUUGCUUUUGUUGAGUUUGAAGAUCCCAGAGAUGCUGAAGAUGCAGUUAGAGGAUUAGAUGGAAGAAAUGUUUGUGGACGACGUGUGAGAGUAGAAAUGUCAAAUGGUGCUAGACGUCGAGGCUCAGUCAGAAGAGGCCGACCAUUUCAUCCUGAGGAUAAAUGCUAUGAAUGUGGAGAGCGCGGACACUAUGCCAGAGAUUGUUCUAGAUACAAUAAGAGAUCAAGGCGCAGGUCAUACAGUAGGAGCAGGUCUCGCUCUAGGUCUCGUGACCGUAGGACCAGAUCAAGGACUCAUUCACGAUCUAGGUCGAGGGACAGGAGAUCUCGAUCCAGGUCGAACUCGAGGUCCAGAAGCAGGGGCUCCUUUGACAGAAAUGGCAAUUAAUGAUAAAGAAGUGGACUAAUUUUAUUGUUCUAUGAAAAUUUUGACUGCUUUUUACUUUAAGUUACUUUACCCUCUAGUUGAUAGAAAUUUUUAAGACAAUUUAUUAUUUGAGCCUUAGAGUGCAUUUGUCAAGUAAUGUCUUUAUGAAUGUAUUCCAAAU